AUGACUGUCAGCGAAAUCAACAACAUCCAGCAGAUCUCGAAAUCGUCGUACCUCAACCAGAGUACUGCUACCCCCGCCGAGCUUCGCAAUAUCCUUCGUCUCCAUGGAUUGAGCCCUGCCAAGGUUGAGUCCUUCGACACCCAGAAAAAGCGUGCCCUCGCCCAGCUCAGGAGCAAGAGUUCCGACAUUGAAAAGUACGUCUUCCUCGCCUGGCUCAGGAAUACCAACGUCCGUCUCUUCUACGGACUCAUCGGCGACCAGCUCGAGGAAACUCUCCCCUUGAUCUACACCCCCACCGUUGGCACUGCUUGCCAAAACUACUCCAGCAUCUACCCUUUCCUCGCCCCUCCCGGCCAGCCCGACGGUCUCUUCCUCUCCAUCAACGACCUCCCCAACCUCACCCAAAUCAUCCAGAACUACAGACCCUACCCCCAGAACCCUGAGCUCACUCCCCAGAUUGCCGUCAUCACCGACGGCUCUCGCAUUCUCGGAUUGGGUGAUCUCGGUGUCGGCGGCAUGGGUAUCCCCGUCGGAAAGCUCCAGCUCUACGUCGCUGGUGCCGGUAUCGAUCCCCGCCGCACCAUUCCCAUCACCCUCGACCUCGGCACUAACAACGAGGACAAGCUUAAGGACGAGUUCUACCUCGGAUUGCGCCAGAAGCGUGUUGGCGACGACCAGUUUUUCCCCUUUGUUGAUGCCGUCAUCCAGUCCUUGACUUCUCUUUACCCCAAGUUGUUGAUCCAGUUUGAGGACUUCUCUUCCGAGCACGCUUUCCAGCUCCUCGAAAAGUACCAGCCCACCAACUUCUGCUUCAAUGACGAUAUUCAGGGAACUGGCGCUGUCAUCUUGGCUGGAUUCAUGAACGCUAUCAACCUUGCCGGAAUCCCCGCCAAGGACCACAAGAUUCUCUUCUUUGGAGCUGGAUCCGCUGCUGUCGGUGUUGCCAAGCAGUUGGCUGCCUACUUCGUCAACGACCACGGGAUGAGCGAGGACGAGGCCCGCGAGAUGGUCUGGUUGGUCGACUCCAAGGGUCUUGUCACCCUCGACCGUGGCGAUCGCUUGGCCGAACACAAGUUGUACUUUGCCCGCAAGGACAACUCUGGCUCCCAGUACCCCGACAUUGCCUCCGUCAUUGAGCACGUCCGCCCCACUGCCUUGUUCGGUCUCUCCUCCCAGUCUGGUGCCUUCUCUGAGCAGGUCUUGAAGUCUAUGGCCGGCUUGAAUGAGCGCCCUAUUGUCUUCCCCCUGUCCAACCCCGCCUACCAGGCCGAGUGCACGUUCGAGCAGGCCAUGACCCACACCAAGGGCAAGGUCAUUUUUGCCUCUGGAACAGCCUUCCCUAAGUACACCGACCCCAACACUGGUCUCAUGAGUGCUCCUGGUCAGGGCAACAACAUGUACAUCUUCCCCGGUCUUGGUUUGGGAGGCAUCCUCGCCCAGCCCGACACCAUCAGCGACCGCUUGAUCUACUCGGCUGCUCGUGCCUGCGCCAAUGCCUUGACUGUCGAAGAGCGUUCGCAGGGACUCCUUUACCCCGUCUUGCCUCGCAUUCGCCAGGUCUCUGCUGAGGUUGCUGCUGCUGUCGUUACCGAGUCUGUAGCCGAGGGUUCAUGCAGGAAUGAAGAGACUAUCAAGUUGGUCAACGCCCAUGACAGGAGUGCCUUGUUGAAGUUUGUCAACAGCAACAUGUGGACCACCGACGAGGUCGAGGAGGAGAUCACCACCUUUGCCCCUCACCUGUAA